AGAGUCGCAUAGUCAUUUCAUAAUAAACCAUGGCUGCGCUGUUGGUCAGGACUGUGUCAAAGUACCUUACACCGGUCCCUCGAGCAUCAUGGAAGACUUGCCAGUCUGGAGCCAGGAGCAGGACCACCUCUGCCCCAGCUGUGGAGUCCCACCAGGCUGCUGGACUUUCUUCCUUUCCUCCCCUUCAGACCUAUUCAGAGGAGGAGAGCAUGAUGAGGGAAGCAGUGAAGAAAUAUGCACAGGAGCGCAUCGCCCCCCUUGUGUCAAAGAUGGAUGAAGACUCUGCCAUGGAUGAAGAAGUCAUUAAAUCUCUCUUUGAGCAGGGACUCAUGGGAAUUGAAAUUGACCCAGAGUAUGGUGGCACCGGCUCCUCGUUUUUCUCCUCCAUCCUGGUGAUUGAGGAGCUGGCGAAGGUGGAUCCCUCGGUGGCGGUGCUCGUUGACAUCCAAAACACGCUCAUCAACGUGCUGAUUACUAAACUUGGUACCGCAGCUCAGAAAGAGAAGUACCUGAACCGACUAUCAACCGACACGUGUGGGAGCUUCUGCCUCUCUGAAGCAGAGUCGGGGAGUGAUGCAUUUUCUCUGAGGACGCGCGCUGCAAAACACAAGGACUAUUACAUAAUCAACGGAUCCAAGAUGUGGAUCAGUAACGCAGAGCAUGCAGGAGUUUUCCUCGUCAUGGCGAACGUGGAUCCUUCUGCCGGAUACAGAGGCAUUACCUGCUUCAUUGUGGACCGGGAUACCGAGGGACUUGAGAUUUGCAAGAAGGAGAACAAGCUUGGACUACGCGCAUCCUCCACCUGCCCCAUCAACUUUGACAACCUCAAGGUACCAGAGAAAAACAUUUUAGGAGAAGUCGGUCAUGGAUACAAGUAUGCCAUCGGUAUGCUGAACGAGGGCAGGAUUGGAAUUGCAGCACAGAUGAUUGGACUGGCACAAGGUUGCUUUGACCACACCGUUCCUUACACCAGGCAGAGGAUGCAGUUUGGAAAACGUAUAUUUGACUUUCAGGGCAUGCAGCAUCAAAUCGCCCACGUAGCGACACAGAUUGAAGCGGCACGACUGCUGACGUACAACGCUGCUCGCCUGAAGGAAGCUGGCAGACCGUUCAUUAAGGAGGCCUGCAUGGCUAAAUACUUCUCAUCUGAGGUUGCAACCCUGACCACAUCUAAAUGUAUCGAAUGGAUGGGAGGAGUGGGCUUCACUAAAGACUACCCCAUAGAGAAAUACUACAGAGACUGCAAAAUCGGAACCAUUUAUGAGGGCACGACAAAUAUUCAGCUAUCCACUAUGGCCAAGUUCAUUGAUAAGGAGUACGACCACUGAAAUCAUCCAACCAUGAGCAA